CCUCCUCUCCUCCUCCACCCCCUAAUUUCUGAAAACCCCGUUACUCUGCCCCAAACCAUGCUCUCCGCUCUCCCUCCCUUGGAAAACCCGUUCUCCCCCAAAGCCCUCACUUCCAGCUCCGGUUCGGACGAGCCCAACCAGAGCCACGAAAAGAGCGGACCGGACCCCUCCGAACCGGAGCGACGGGCCGAGGAGCGGAAACGGCGGCGCAUGAUCUCGAACCGGGAAUCGGCCCGCAGGUCGCGGAUGCGGAAGCAGAGACACCUGGAGAAUCUGCGGAACCAGUUGAGCAAGUGUAGGGUGGAGAACCGGGAACUGAGUAACCGGUUGCAGUUCGUGGUGCACCACUGCAACCGCGUGCGAACCGAAAACGAAUGGCUCCGGUCCGAGCGAACCCUUCUCCACCAAAAAGUCUCCAACUUGACUCAAAUUUUGAUCUUCCAACAAUUGCAACCCUCCUUCUCCUCCUCCCCUCCGUCUCCAUGGACAUGCAAUACUUCGCUCAUCACAUAAAUAUGGACCUCGCUCCUUAAUCAACUAAAUUAAUCAUAUAUAAUACCAACACUCUAUGUAAUUAUUAAAAGUCAAGUAUAUAAAGAUGGAAAUUAAAGGGGGGGAUUUUUGGGGAAAAAAACAUAUAUAGGCCAGGUUUUGGAAAAUAUUACUUCAUUUUUUCAAAACCGUAAGGGUUAUAUAUAUAUUUCCGAUUAUAAAUAUAUAUUUCUGCAAAAUAUUAGCUUUUUCUUUUUUCUUAUUCUGGUAUAUGAGUUCUUUUCUUCUUUUUCUUUUUUUACUUUUUUAGUUGCUAGCUUCUUUGUGAAAAUCGCUUCCCUCACUCUCGAUUUAGUUAUGUAUAUAAUCAUGAUUCACAA